AUGCGGGUCAACCGGGCGCGGGAUGAGUCAACGAAGUCGGACCUAAGAUGGCGGCGGUGCAGUCUCAGCGACGCCAUCCGAGCGACACCGUACCCAGCCUCGGCUGCGCCCGUACCGGACGGGCGUUCGAGGACGAUCGCCGUCGUUGAACGCGAUACCAUAUCGGAUUUCGUACCGAUUCCCGUACUGGAGCCAUUCUGGACACUGGCUGUGAACGGGGGUGACUUCGCCAAUUUAAUUCAUAACCCAUCAGGCUCCGAGAGAGACAUCGGUUGCGGGCGACUCGUAAAACGGGGGCAGGCACGCGAUCCAGGCGAUAUUCAAUUUCAUAUAGAAACUUAUUCUGCGCUGGUGGGGUCGCCCGCUCACGAAAAGCCAAAGAUUAGAACGGUAGAGCGCAUUUAUCAAAUAAUUGGGUUGCACACUAAAAAGUUUAUAGACUGCAUCGAUUCUGGCCGCGGACAAACGACUAUGCGUGGUUCAUGGACGUACCUAAGUGAAGUGUUCAAAACGCAUCAUAGCAAUAAUGAGUGGGAUUGCGCCAAUUGGAAAUAUACGUCCCGACAGAGC